AAUCACUCCUUUUGAUUGGUGCUGUUAAUAAAGUAGUAUCAAAUCGCAAUUACGUUUUCUUUUCAUUGUUUAGCAAAGUAUUUUUCAACUGCUAAUAAGCAUUGUGUAAUACUGCCACAUUUUUCCUAAACUGUUUUCACUGUGUUCAUUAUACAUGACUCAGACUGAACCGUGUUUAAGCUGCCUAAAGUAACGUUGUCUAAAUAUUUAAAUUGUUAUGAUCAUGUGAUAAGUGUGUUAUGAUCGUGUUUGUGAAAAUGAUGUUGUGAUCGUGUUGUGAUGAUGUUAUAACUGUGUUGUUGUGAUCGAGCGCAGGCGGAAGUUCGUCAUUAGACAUUAUUGGAGACACGUUAUCAUGAUCAGUUCAUGAUCAUCAUCUGAUUGUCUCCGGCUACACAAAGACUGUUGAACUUGAGCUGAUGAUGUUCAGUAUGUCAUAUAAGUAAGGGAAAAGACUGCCAUGAAGAUGAGUCUCUCAGAGAAACACAGUGUAAGAUCAGGCUCACAUGUGUCCAGCUCUGUGUCUGUAAAGAGUGACCGGUCAAAAGGUCACAUGCCGGACUUCAGUGAGACAAAAACCUCACCAAAUAAAAGGUUUCAAUAUAAGACAUUAGAAUUUGACUUCCAACCUCAAAGGAGCUGCAAUAAUUUCAAAGACCUCCAGUGCAUCUUCCAGGGGCUUGAGAGCAAACUGUUCAACUUUCUGAAGAAAGAGUUGGAAAAUUUUAAGAAAAUCUUACAAAAAGAAAACACACAAUACCUUGUAAAGGACUUUAAUGAAAACAGAUGCAGUAUCAGAGAAGCAAUACUUGAUCUCACACUCUACUUCCUGAGAGAAAUGAAGCAAGAUGAAGCUGCUGAUACUCUAGAAGAUGAGCUGAUCUUCAUUCAUCAGCUAAAAUGUGGCCUACAGAAGAAGUAUCAGUGUGUGUUUGAAGGAAUUGCACAGCAAGGAGACUCCACACUCCUGAAGAACAUUUACACAGAUCUCUAUAUCACUCAGGGUGGCAGUGAACAGGUCAAUACUGAACAUGAGGUCAGACAGAUUGAAGUUGCUUCCAGACGUCAUGAAGCUCAAGAGAUACAGGUUGAAUGCAGACAUUUGUUUGAAGCAUCUGAACAAGACAAGCAGAUCAGAACUGUACUGACAAAAGGAGUCGCUGGCAUCGGGAAAUCAGUCUCUGUGCAAAAGUUUGUUCUGGAUUGGGCUGAAGGAAAAAAAAAUCGAGAGAUCAGCUUCAUAUUUCCUCUUCCAUUCAGAGAGAUGAACUUAAAGGAGAAAGAAACACUCAGUUUGAUGGACCUUAUAACUCAGUUUUUCCCAGAGACAAAAGGACUGAACCUUACAAGAAGGAAUCGAUUCAAAGUCCUGUUCAUCCUUGAUGGAUUGGAUGAAUGUCGUCUUCCUCUGAACUUUGCUGGUAAUGAGACGUGUUGUGACGUUUCAUCACCAGCCUCUCUGGAUGUUCUCCUGACGAACCUCAUCAAGGGAAAUCUGCUUCCUUCUGCUCUCAUCUGGAUCACCAGCAGACCAGCAGCUGCCAGUAAGAUUCCUCCUGACUGUAUCGAGCGGCUGACAGAGAUACGAGGAUUCAAUGAUGCACAAAAGGAGGAGUACUUCAGAAAAAGACUCACAGAUGAGAAUCAGGCCAAAGAAAUCAUUGAUCAUGUUAAACAAUCAAAGAGUCUCUUCAUCAUGUGCCACAUCCCAGUCUUCUGCUGGAUUUCAGCCACUGUUCUCCAGAACAUUUUACAGGAGAAGAGAAAUAAUGGUGUGAAAAACAAUCAGGCUGAUGACGCCUCCAAAACACUGCAGAAAUCAAACACUGAAGACACUCCCAAGACUCUGACACAGAUGUACACACACUUUCUGCGCUUUCAGAUCCAGCAGAGCAGACGAAAGUAUGAUGGAGAAAACACACCAGAUGUUUCCUGGGAUAAAGAUGCCAUCCUUUCACUGGGGAAACUGGCAUUUCAUCAGCUGCUAAACAGCAACCUGAUCUUCUAUGACACAGACCUGGAAGCCUGUGGUAUUGACGUCUAUAAGGCCUCAGUUUACUCAGGCAUGUGUACCCAGAUCUUUAAGGAGGAAACAGGGAUUGUUGUUGGUACCAUGUACUGCUUUGUUCACUUGAGCGUUCAAGAGUUUAUUGCAGCCCUUUAUGCACAUCUGAUUCUAGACAUCAACAAGAAAAGUGUGUUUGAUCAAGACUCUAAAAACAGAAAUGAGUCCAUGAUUGAUUUGCUGAGGACUGCAGUGGACAAGACACUUGAGAGUGACAAUGGACACCUGGACCUUUUCCUUCGCUUCCUUCUCGGUCUGUCACUCCAGUCCAAUCGCCGACUCUUACAAGGUCUGUUGACACAGCAAGAACACAAUGACCAGAGCAAAGAGGAAAUAGUUCAGUACAUCAAGCAGAAGUUUGAGGUGAAUCAUUCUCCAGAGAGAUCCAUCAAUCUGUUCUACUGUCUGAAUGAACUGAACGACCAAACUCUGGUGAAAGAGAUUCAGACUCACCUUAGCAAAGGAAGUCUCUCAUCUGCUGAUCUUUCACCUGCCCAAUGGUCUGCUUUGGCCUUCGUGUUGUUGACAUCAGAGGAGGAGAUGGAGGAGUUUGAGCUUCAGAAAUUCAAGAAAUCAGACGAGUGUCUCAUCAGACUAUCAGCAGUCAUCAAAACCUGCAAAAGAGCUCUGUAAGUCAGUCAAUGUAAAUUAAAUUAUGUUGUAUUUGUUCCACCUAAUUCUGUGGUUGUUUUUUUUUCUUUUAUAGGUUAAAUGAUUGUAACUUAACAGACAGAAGCUGUUCAACUGUGGCUGCGGUUCUCAGAUCAGAAAACA